AUGGUGGUUAAGAAGCGGAAGUUAACAAGUGAGGCAAGUGGCAGUGAUGAAAGGCCCAAGUACUUGCCGGGAAAACAUCCAAAAAACCAAGAGGAAACUCCGCAUGUCGAUUAUAACGCCCCAUUAAACCCUAAAUCAGAACUUUUUCUAGAUGACUGGCACAUACCUAAGUUUAAUAGAUUCAUCAGUUUCACUUUGGAUGUUCUUAUUGAUAAAUAUAAAGAGAUUUUUAAGGAUUUCAUUAAACUACCAAGUAGGAAAUUUCACCCACAGUAUUAUUAUAAGAUUCAACAGCCGAUGUCUAUUAAUGAAAUUAAAUCAAGAGACUAUGAAUACGAAGAUGGCCCAAGCAAUUUUCUUUUGGAUGUUGAACUUUUAACGAAAAACUGUCAAGCAUACAAUGAAUAUGACAGUUUGAUUGUAAAAAACUCCAUGCAAGUAGUAAUGUUAAUCGAAUUUGAAGUUUUGAAAGCGAAGAAUCUGAAAAGAAACUAUUUAAUUAAUAGUGAGGUAAAAGUUAAACUACUGCACUAUUUCGAUAAACUUGUUGAUGGUACAGAAAAAAAAAUCAACCAGGCUUUGCUUGGUUCAUUAUCUCCUAAAAAUUCUGACGACAAGGUUAAUCUAAGUGAACCGUUUAUGGAAUUAGUUGAUAAAGAUGAAUUACCUGAAUAUUAUGAAAUAGUACAUAACCCAAUGGCUUUAUCAAUCGUGAAACAAAACCUUGAAAUUGGUCAAUAUUCGAAGAUAUAUGAUUUUAUCAUCGAUAUGCUUUUGAUCUUUCAAAACGCACAUAUAUUUAAUGAUCCAAGCGCUUUGAUUUACAAAGAUGCAACCACUUUAACGAAUUAUUUCAACUACUUAAUACAAAAGGAGUUUUUUCCAGAAUUACAGGAUUUGAACGAAAGGGGUGAGAUUAAUUUAGAAUUUGACAAAUUUGAAUUUGAAAAUUAUCUAGCUAUUGGUGGUGGUCCCGCUGCAGCAGGUGCAUUGGCUAUAUCUGCUCUCGAUAAUGAUAUUGAACUGGAAUCAAACCGUGAAGAUCUUAUUGAUCAAGCAGACUAUGACUUCAAUCAUUUCGAAGGUCUGGGCAAUGGCUAUAAUCGUUCUUUUCUAACCGAAGAUUAUUUAUUGAACCCAAACAAUUUCAAGAAAUUAAUAGCCAAACCAGGGACAAUGCCAUCCGAAGUCAAGAAUGAACGAUCAACGACAUCAGAUAACGAGCAAACAAACUCCUUAGAAAGCGAACAUUUGAAAAUUCCCAAGUAUAAUAUUAUAAAGUCUAUUCAAAAGGAAAUUCAAUUGCUCUCAGAGCAACACACUAUGGAAUGCAAACCCUAUAAAUUGAUAAAAAAUAUUUUUAUUUUUUCUUCCAAAAGUUUGUAUUCACAGGCAACUAAGCCUUUGCCGGGUUCCAGACCAUCGUGCAAUCAAAAUUGGGUGGAGUAUAUUUUCAACGGUAGUGAACUGAGUCAAAACGAAAAUGCUUUUUCCUUCAUGUUACAGCCAAUGCAAACAUUCUUAACUUUACAAUCUCAUCUAAACUCAUCGUUGAAGGAUACUGAAACUCUAUUAACGAUCAAUAAGGAGCCUGUGAAAUCCAGAACUUCAAAUUCAAACAAUAACCUCUCACAACCUCCGCAACAAGAAAAUAGUGUUAUUGGUAACGAUAUAAAGCAAGGUAUUGAAAGUUUAGCAAAUGGCAGCAGUAGUAAUAAUGAUGCUGCUGCUAAUUAUAAUGAUAAACUUAAUAAUAUGACUGAAAUUUUUGAUAUUCGCCUAACGGAAGGCUUAAAUCAUUUGAUGUUUAAGUGUGAAAACAAAAUAUUGAAUGAAACUGAAUUUAUGAAUUUUUGGAUUAAUGUCUUGCCAUAA